UUUUUUACAUGUCAAGUUGUCAAAUUCGUUAACGUAAAAGUGAAAAAUGCUUCGUUUUUAUGAUUCAAACGUGUGAAAUUACUAUUUAAUGGUAUAAUUUCCGUAUUAUAACCAGUUAUUUACCAGUGAUAAUAAAGUCUAAUCGACAAUGGACGUGGAUACGGGCGGCCGCAGUUCGCGCUCCCGCAGCAAGUCUGUGGAGUCCGCGUCGAAGCCCCGCUCGCGCUCCGCAUCGUCGUCCUCCAGCCGCAGCGGCUCCGCCGCGAGCCGCAAGUCGCGAAGUCGCAGCGGCUCUGCUGCCAGCCGCAAAUCCAAGUCCCGAAGCCGUAGCGGAUCUGCUGCCGACCGCAAGUCCAAGUCUCGUAGUCGCAGCGGGUCCGCCGCUAGCCGCAAAUCCAAGUCUCGUAGCCGUAGCGGGUCCGCCGCUAGCCGCAAAUCCAAGUCCCGAAGCCGUAGCGGGUCCGCCGCUAGCCGCAAAUCCAAGUCCAGGAGCCGUUCGCGUUCCUCGCGCUCGUCGCGUUCCCGCAGCGGUUCAGCAGUGCGUUCUGAUGCCGGAGAUCGCAAGUCGCGGUCGAGGAGCGGGUCGCCGGCUAAAUCUAGGUCUAGAAGUGGUUCCCCGAUGGAUCAAAGUGGCUCGCCGCGUAAAUCGCGCUCCAGAAGUGGCUCACCUGCCAAGUCGCGUUCGAGAAGCGCUUCUCCAGCCAAGAGUCGUUCGCGCAGUGGAUCGCCAAUGGAUAAACCUCGCUCUCGCAGCGGCUCUAGAGCUAAAUCCCGUUCCAGAAGCGGAUCUCGGCCAAAAUCUAGAAGCGCUUCCCCGGCUAAAUCUCGCUCUCGAAGUGGUUCCCGGAAGUCACGUUCGCGAAGUGGGUCCAGGGCCAAGUCCGGUAGCGGUUCGCCAAAGAAGCCCCGGUCCCGUAGCGGUUCGCCGCGGAAGUCGCGAUCUCGCAGUGGAUCGAGGCCCAAGUCCAGGUCGAGAAGUCGCUCGGGGUCGCCAGAGCGCAUGGAGAUUGAUGAGGCGGGCGACAGGCCGGAGUCGCCUACUUUUACACAGGUCGAAAGAAAAAGCCGAUCACGAUCCAAAUCAGCGGGCCGCAAGUCGGCAUCCCGAUCUAAGUCCCGUUCCAAAUCUCGAUCUAAAUCCCGAUCCAAAUCCCGUUCCAAAUCCCGAUCCAAAUCCCGUUCCAAAUCUCGAUCCAAAUCCCGUUCUAAAUCUCGUUCCCGCUCUAAGUCCGGUUCGCGCUCGAAGUCCCGGUCUCGUUCCCGCUCACGUUCCGGAAGCCGCUCCCGCUCGCGCUCUGGAUCGAGGUCCAAGUCCAGGUCGAGAUCUAAGUCGAGAUCGAGGUCGAAGUCGGGAUCUCGCUCGGGCUCUGCCAAAUCCAAAUCUAGGUCUCGCUCGCGCUCGCGCAGCCGCUCGCGCUCCGGCUCCGGGUCCCCGCGCGCAGACGCCAAGAAACGCCGCAUAGUCCGGCUGGCGAGCGACGACGAGGGCGACGAGGGCGGGCCGCGCCCCGCGGGGGAGGGGGGGGAGGGGCCGGCGCCGCCCGCGCGGGACGACUCCUCGGACGACGAGGUGGCGCCCGACUCCAAGACGGAGGAAAUGAUGGGCGGCAUGUCGGACUUCGAGAUAAUGUUGUCGCGCAAGCGCGAGGAGCGCAAGGGGCGGCGCCGGCGCCGCGACAUCGACAUCAUCAACGACAACGACGACCUCAUCGCGGCGCUGCUGCAGCAGAUGCGCCAGGCCGCCGAGCAGGACAGGGAGCUCAACAGGAAGAAUCAACCCGCCGUCAGGAAGGUGUCGAUGCUGAAGGCGGCCAUGUCCCAGCUGAUCAAGAAGGACCUGCAGCUGGCCUUCCUGGAGCACAACGCGCUCAACGUGCUCUGCGACUGGCUGGCCCCCAUGCCCAACAGGGCGCUGCCCUGUCUGCUCAUCAGGGACUCCAUACUCAAGCUGCUACAGGACUUCCCGUCGAUAGACAAAUCCCUUCUAAAGCAGUCGGGCAUCGGCAAAGCGGUGAUGUACCUGUACAAGCACCCGAAGGAGACCAAAGCUAACAGAGAGCGCGCCGGGCGCCUCAUAUCCGAGUGGGCGAGGCCCAUCUUCAACCUGUCGACAGACUUUAAAGCCAUGACGCGCGAGGAGCGGCAGGCGCGCGACGAGGCCAUGGCGCCGCGGCGCCGCGACCAGCCCGGGCCCGGGCCCGCCAAGCGGCCCAGACCCGAGGCCGGACCCGACAAGCCGCCGCGGCCGGGCGAGAAGGGCUGGGUGGCGCGCGCGCGCGUGCCGGCGCCCUCCAGCAAGGACUACGUGGUGCGGCCCAAGUCCACCUGCGACCAGGACAUGUCCACCGUAUCGAAGAAGAAGAUGACGCGAUACGAGAAGCAGAUGAAGCGGUUCAUCGACCAGAAGCGCCUGCGCAGCGGCUCGCGGCGCGCCGUCGACAUCUCCAUCGAGGGCCGCAAGAUGGCGCUGUGAGCG